CACAGGAAGUGUGGCCUACGGGAGCCGAGUUAGGCCCGAAAAGCUCCCGGUUCGGUGCCUCCUGGGCGGGAGGGAAUGAAUGGGUGCUGAGUUGGGGGCGCGUCCGCUCUGGGGACAGGCGUUAAGCGUGUGAGCGGCCGCAGCAUGGAGGACGACGCGCCGGUGAUCUACGGGCUGGAGUUCCAGGCACGUGCUCUGACACCUCAGACUGCAGAAACAGAUGCCAUUCGGUUUUUGGUUGGGACGCAGUCUCUUAAAUAUGAUAAUCAGAUCCACAUCAUCGAUUUUGAUGACGAAAAUAACAUUAUCAAUAAGAAUGUCCUCCUCCAUCAAGUGGGUGAGAUCUGGCACAUUAGUGCCAGUCCUGCGGACAAAGGUGUGCUGGCCACCUGCUACAAUAAACCCUCAGACAGCAAGGUCCUGACGUGUGCGGCCGUGUGGAGGAUGCCGAAGGAAUUGGAGCCCGGCAGCCACGAGUCCCCUGAUGACUCAUCGAGCCCCGCGCACACCCUGGAGCUGCUCUGUCACCUUGACGACACGGCCCACGGCAGCGUGGCCUGUGUGGCGUGGGAGCCCACGGGGGACGGGAGGAGAGUCAUCUCGCUGGCCGACAGCCACAUCCUGCUAUGGGACCUGCAGGAGAGCUCCAGCCAGGCCGUGCUGGCCGGUUCGGCGUCCCUGGAAGGGAAGGGACAGCUGAAGUUCACCUCGGGACGGUGGAGCCCUCACCACACCUGUACCCAGGUGGCCACCGCGAAUGACACGACCAUCCGAGGGUGGGACACGCGGAGCAUGAGUCAGAUCUACUGCAUAGAGAACGCCCACGGGCAGCUGGUGCGGGACCUGGACUUCAACCCCAACAAGCAGUACUACCUCGCCAGCUGCGGGGACGACUGCAAGGUCAAGUUCUGGGACACCCGAAAUGUCACCGAGCCCGUGAAGACCCUGGAGGAGCACUCGCACUGGGUGUGGAGCGUCCGCUACAACCACUCGCACGACCAGCUCGUGCUCACGGGCAGCAGCGACAGCAGGGUCAUCCUGUCCAACAUGGUGUCCAUCUCCUCCGAGCCCUUUGGCCACCUGGUGGACGACGACGACCUGAGCGACCAGGAGGAGCGCCGUCCGGAGGAGAAGAGCCAGGAGCCCCCGCAGGACAGCGUCAUCGCGACCUACGAGGAGCACGAGGACAGCGUGUACGCCGUGGACUGGUCGUCCGCCGACCCCUGGCUGUUUGCCUCCCUGAGCUACGACGGGAGGCUCGUCAUCAACCGGGUGCCCAGGGCCCUGAAGUACCACAUACUGCUGUAGCGCGUCCCCGGCCGUCCUCGGCCGGCUCUCCCAUCCCCGCGUCUGUUCGGAGGCGGCUGUCCCCACAGGCCGCUCGCCGGGAACCGGCCUCACCUGCGUCCGCGGCGGGGCCUUGGCGAGGUGCCCCGUCUCUGGGGAUGGCGCCAGGACGUGCUGCCCGUCGGUCGCCGUCGGCCUUCUCUGGUCUCUUCGAGGGUGCUGGGAGGGUCACUGAAAGAAAAUAGUAUCUGUUUCCAUAACGUUAACUCCCGUUUCUCUUGAGAUUAAAAUAAGCAAGGCCGCGCG